AUGUUAUUCAUGUUUAUGACAAACCAUGGAGAUCAAGCCUAUGAUGACAAUAAAUGGAUCGAUAAGUCUAAACCACCAGAAGAUGCCUCAAAAUGGGCGAUAUCUCAAUCUUAUCGUACAUUUGAUGAUAGCGAAAAUGGUUUAACAACAUAA